CAGCGUCUCCAGCAUGAAGUCGUCUGAGCUGCUGGUGGUGUUUUUAUUCGCGCUUUUCUCUCAGUGUGUGAGAGGAAAGGGUUGUGUGUGUAAGCUGAAGAACUCGGAGAAACCUUUUCCUGCUCAGAAGCUCGAGUCCAUCCACACCGACGCAUCCAAAUGCAACCGGAGCAUCAGCUCAGGUCAGAUGCUGGAGGUGGACGUGUUAACGUUGGGGGUUCAGCGGCGGCUGGAGCAGCUGGCGGAGAGCGUAUCUGCGCUGGAGAUAGAGGACGACGGUGAUCUGUACGGAGCCGUGUCACUGCGUGUCAUCGAACUGGAAGUCGCCGAGGUUCUGGAGCUCAUGUUGAAACUGAACCGGAGUCUCGGUUCUCACCAGCAGCUCAGUGAGAGCACCAGCAUCAAGUUGCAAUCCAUGAUGGAGGACAUGCAGGAGCUGGAGAGCUUCGAUCACUUACACGUAGUGAGAAAACAACUAGAGAACCAGCGCAUUAGGAGAGAAUUAGCCGAGUGUCAACAUGAACUUCAGACCACCGAUCAGCCUCCCACUGCUCAACCAGGACACUGUCCACAAGGCCAGCUGGUUGACGUGUCCGGCCCUAGAAUUUACACCCUCACUCAGCAUGGAACCUCGUAUGCUUACGGCGCCUGGGGUAAAGACCCCAAACCUGCGCCAGGGAAGGAGAACGAAUACUGGCUGGUGGCUCUGACCUCUAGUAACGUGUUUGCUAAUUAUGUGCGUCGGUACAGCAGUUUAAGCACCUUGCUCGUCGGCGUUAGUCCUGUGGACACCGUCAUCGCCUCGGGAAACCCAACCACAAACACCAUUCAGGGUCCUAACGUGGUCAUGUAUGACGACGCGCUCUACUAUAACUGCUACAACGGACCCUACGUGUGUCGCUUCAACAUGUCCGAUCAGUCCAUUUCCAACGUGCAGCUGCCUCCAAACACCGGCUUUAAUAGUAAGCUUAAUUUCGGCCAUUUGGCCGCCGCGUACGGUUACACAGACUUAGAUUUAUCUACGGAUGAAUCGGGCGUCUGGGUCGUGUACGCCACUCCGGAAAAUUUCGGCAACGUGAUCCUCAGCAAGGUGGCAGAAGGGAUUCCGCCGUCGCUGAACCAAACGUGGCAAACAUCUCUGCACAAGCGUACUGUUACUAACACUUUUGUGGCAUGCGGCGUUCUUUAUGCCACACGCUACCUGGAUAAAGAUCAGGAGGAGAUCUUCUACUCGUUCGACACAGAGACGGGCAAAGAGAGCUACGACCUGAGGAUCUCCAUCAAGAAAAUGCAGACCAACAUCCAGUCGCUAAAUUACAAUCCAGAGGACCGGAAGCUCUAUGUGUACAGCGACGCCUACAUUCUGUUAUACGAUGCUGUAUUUCAGUAAUUUCAAUACCAUCCGGUCCUACGUUUUGUCAUGUCACUCAUUAAUGAUUACGACUAAUUACACAUAUGCUGUUCUUCAAAUAAAACAUGCUAAUAA